ACGCCUGUGGAGAGCUGGGCGCUGAGCGAAGUAUUCUCACUGUUGCUUACAGGGCGCAUGUGGCGGCAGAGAGCUGCUGAAUGAAACCAAGCAGAGAACCAGGAGAAACUUUUUUUUUGCUACAUGGAGUAACCACGCUGUUUUUCAUCGGUAAAUUAGGUGUGUAAAGUUGUGAAAGUUGGACGCCUGACAGGAAAUUUCCAAGCAUGGACUGAGCGGCAGGAAUAUCGAGGAGGAUUCGCUUUCUUGCCCGCUAAUUUGUCUGCACAAGCACCGGCUGCGGAAAAAUUGGAUACUUUACUAAAACUUCGCUGUAAGGAGGAGUAAACCAGAGCUGAGUGACCGAAGAGUUGUACACAGAGCACGGUUGUAUCCAGAACUAUGUGUGUUUAAACCCAAGCUGCUGGGAGGUCAAGAGGUGAGAUGCCUCUAUAAAACACCACUGGAAACAAAUGCUCUGCCGCCAUGCCUCUGGGGAUGGUGCGUCUUUCAUUGUCAGCAGUCAAAACGCUGCUUUCUCUCCUGCUGCUGGCCACUGGCUGUCCCUUAAUUUUAUUUCCUAUAGGCACUGUCCAAGGAUCAGACUCAUUCCCAUCCAAUUUUUAUCCUACGUUUAUCCGAAAUGACACUCUGUUUGAGCACCUGGCCCUGCAUCCUUACCCCGACGUGGGUCGGGUCUACGUCGGGGCCCGAAAUCGCCUGUUCCAGUUGGAUCCCUUCCUCCAACCUGAGCUACAGGAUGACACAGGCCCCGUCACAGACAGCCGGGAUUGCUUACCUCCUGUAACUGAGACAAACUGUCCUCAGGCCCGAGAAACUAGCAACCACAACAAGCUCUUGUUGGUCAAUCCUUACUCUAUGGAACUUAUAACCUGCGGCAGUGUCAACCAAGGAAUUUGCCAGAAGCGUAGCCUGGAUUCUGUGGAUCAAGUGCUUUUUUCCACAGAGAGGCCGGUUGAUACUCAGUACGUAGCGGCUAAUCACCCUAAUGUUAGUACUGUUGGGCUUGUGGUUCGCUCUCAUCCUGACAAGCAGCCUGUUUUGUUUGUGGGUCGGGGUUACACCAGCAGCCAUCCGCCUAUUUCCACGCGAAACCUUGCCCAGGAUCCCAUCUUUUCCUACGAAGAGACUGCCAAGUUGGCCGUGGCUGGCCGCCUCUCAGAGUACGAUCAUAAUUUUGUUGCCUCGUUCGCCCACCGUCAGCACGUGUACUUCCUUUUCUACAGAAGGGACCUAAAGUCGCCAUCGCGCGAGUACCGUACCUACAUCUCUCGCGUGUGUUUGGAUGAUCAGGCCUAUUACUCCUAUGUGGAAGUACCGCUGACAUGUCGUUCAAGGACGGGUAAAAUUUACAAUCUCUUGCAAGCUGUCCAGCUGGGCGUGUCCAAAGAAGACUUAGGGGGCCGGGGUUCAGAGACUCUAGUUGGUGUUUUCUCCACUCGUUUGGCUUCAACUCGGCCCAGUGAGGAGUCGGCUCUUUGCGUGUUUAACCUUGAAGAUGUAGACCACAGGAUCAACUCCACCAGAGACUUUUGCUAUACACAGAUGGGUAAAGAAGCAGGAGUGGAGGCAGCCUACAUUGAAUAUGACGUCAAAUCCAACUGUGCCAAUCUGCCAGAGAAUACCCUGGAUGCCUACCCCUGCGGCUCCGACCACACCCCCAGCCCCAUGGCCAGCCGGAUUCCUGUGGAAGUAGAAACCAUAUUAGACAGCCCUUCUGCCCGCCUUACUGCUGUGGCUGUCAGCAGCAGAGUGGGACAUACCAUCGCCUUCCUGGGAGACUCCAAAGGGAACUUACACAAGGUGUUCUUGGGGCCAAACGGUGAGGUUGAGGAGUACUCUGUGACCCCCAUACAGCAGAAUGCAGCCAUCAGCUCAGACCUCAUCCUGGAUCAGAAACAGGAACAUCUCUUCAUCAUGACCCAUAACAUGCUGCAGAAGAGGCCAGUGGCUGAGUGUCAGCAGCAUCCAGACUGCCACUCCUGUCUCUUGGCCCACGACCCUUACUGUGGCUGGUGUGUCCUGGAGGGAAGGUGUGUGUUGCAGUCACAGUGUGCUCGUGGGAGCUACCCAGGGCAAUGGUUGUGGAGUUUUGACAUGGAGCAGCAGUGUUUGGUGGUCCAGGACCUCGUCCCCUCCAAUCUGAGCAGGGAGGAGAGCAAGAUGGUGUCUCUGUCCAUCCCAAGACUUCCAGUGUUAGAAAACGGGGAGUCGUACUCUUGCUACUUCCAGGACAGCCACACUCCUGCUACCAUCACAGAGACCGGGGUCACCUGCCGUUCUCCCGACACCAGCAGGGUGCCUUUGGUUUUUCGAGGACAAGAUUUUGUCACAGUCACCUUGUCUCUACGUUUUGGCAACGUCACGGUCACGGCAAGGGAUUUCACCUUCUACGACUGCACAGCCGUUAAGCAGCUGUCUGGCAGCCAGCCAUGCCGCGGUUGUGUUUUAAGCCGAUGGGGCUGUAACUGGUGCGUCCACCAGCAUGCAUGUACCCACAAGCCCACCUGUGAGGAGGGAGUGAUCAUCUACAACCAACACUUUAAACUACCUACCUCCUCUCCUCCUACAACCAAAGCUAUUAAAGUCAUCACAGCCACCACUACCACAACAGCUACCCCCACAACUCCUCCUACCACACCAACUACUGCCACGACGAAGACAACAACAACAACCGCAGCCGCCAUCACCAUAGCUACCACUAAGGAGUUAACAACUCCUACUCUUUCAUACACCAGUACCAGCCAUGAGACAACCCACCCGGGCACGACCCUGCCCCCUCAGCCUCCCACUCUACCACCCAGCACCUCUCCAGGCCUGGAGGUCACCACCAGAGAAGAAGAAGAGAGUGAAGCCUCUGAGACUGUCACACACAGUGACUGGGAAGAUGCUGUAGCUACACAGAGUGUCACGAUGGCCACGGCAGAGCUGAUGCCCGUCACCGUGGCUGAUGGUCUUAGUGGGGACCUGGACCCUGUCGUGCCUCUGAUGAUCCCAGACUCCUCGCCACCGGAGGUGGUGACGGCCUUACCCCCCAGCGAACGGCAGGCAGCCAAAGAAGCGCUGACCCUUGCAGAGGCUCCCACCAUGGUGCUGCCUGGCUUUCCCCCGCCCACACUUUUCCAUAUGGGUGAACCGGCUGAUUCUGAGCCUUCCCUUUACUUGGACUCGACCCAGACACCCACACUGGUACCACUGCAAGACGUGCACACUGAGGCAGGAAGCCCAACUGCUGAUUCUGAGGUGCCCCUCUGGCGAAAGGAAGCAGAAAACUACACUGAGGGUGCUGUCCAGGCAGAAAAUGACACGGCUACAUUUUCAGCUGCCACCGUGCUCUCAGGUGAUGGGGAGGUUGACCGCAUGUCCCAGUCCUACCCGCCCCAGUUGCUGAAUGCUGACUCAGAGCUGGACUACCAGUAUGAUUCAGCUGAUGGCUUCCUCCCGGGGGACGAGGGCUCGUAUGUCAGCUGGGGUUCCUCAGCUUGUCCGUGCGUUGAGAAGGUCCAGGGUUCGUCACUGCUCCCUGUCAGAGUGGAGAGAAAGAUCACUUUACUGGCACAUAACCUCCAUCUGUAUCAGGAUGCAGAGCUGGACUACGAGUGUGUGUUGGUUAUUGAAGGGCAGACGGUGGUGGUAGACGCCUACGUGGAGCCAGAUGACAUGAACCCAUCAAGCUUUGACAUCACAUGUCAGCUACACCAGUACACAUACUCUGCCCCAGUGCAGGAGUAUAAUGCAUUGGUGUAUGUGAAGAGGAGGGACACCUUCCAUGUAGACACUUCUCGUGAUCUCUACGUGACUCUGUACAACUGCUCUGUGGGUCGAUCUGACUGCAGCCGUUGCCACACAGCAGACCCAAAAUACGGCUGUGCGUGGUGUGGUGGUCCCAGGGCCAGCUGCCUGUUUUCAAACUCCUGCAGUGAACCUGUGCAGCAGACGUGCCCUGCUCCCGUCAUACACUCUGUCGACCCACUCUCUGGGCUGUUGGAAGGAGGCACCAUGGUGACCAUCUCCGGCUCCAACCUGGGUCAGAAGGCUGAAGACAUCGUCCAGUCUGUGUUAGUAGCUGACGUGCCCUGCACAGUGAUUUCCAACCUGUAUGAGGUCUCCUCUAGAAUUGUGUGCAUGACCAAAGCCAGCGGAUUAAAGACGAACCAUGUGUCUGUGAGAGUGAAUGGAGGAGAAUUUGGCCUCUCCAGACAGAAAUUCAGCUACCAGAACCCAGUUGUGAGAGGAGUGUCACCUGAAAGAGGCCCCAAGGCGGGGGGAACAUCCCUGAACAUCACUGGCCAAAACCUUCUAACGGGUCGCCCCGCUGACCUUACCAUCACUGUCGGGGACGUCCCCUGUAACAUUGUAUCAGAGGUGCAGAGUGACAGUGUUCAGUGUGUGACGGGGAGCAGUAAUAAAACAGGAGACCACCAGAUCACCCUGCAUUACGGCAGCAUCCAGCGUCACCUCAGCAGCCCCGCCUACCACUACACCAACAACCCCAACAUCACCCGUGCCGAACCAGCCAGGAGCUUCCUGCAUGGCGGUCGACUGAUCAAGCUGUCUGGAUCCAACCUGGAUGUGGUGCAGGAGCCCCGAAUGGUGGUGACUCUCUCCCGCUUCCAGUCGGUCGGCCAAAACAAGAAGAGGAAGCGGCGGAGGAAGAGGAGCAAAGGAGAGCAAUGGAAGAAAACCCUGGGAAGGUCGGUUAGGAUGGUUCCUGACCCCGUCUGUCCCGGAGACCAAUUCUGCUCCGUCAAACAGUUCGUUGAGCGCUGUGAGGUAAACUCCUCCUCCCUCAUCCUGUGCCGCUCUCCGAUGGUGGACUCCACCAUCUGGUGGUCACAGGUCACAGUGGAGUUCUUGCUAGACAAUCUGCGCUUUGACUUCAGCAGUUUGAACUCUGAGCCAUUCAGCUAUGAGCGUAACCCCACCCUGCAACCCCUGAACCAACAGGACCCUCUUAAGGCAUAUCGCUAUAACCCAGGCAGCUUCAUCCAGCUGGAGGGGGAACACCUGGACCUAGCCAUCACUAAAGAGGAGGUGGUGGUGUUGAUUGGAGAAGGUGUAUGUGCGGUGAAAACCCUGACCAGUAACCAUCUGUACUGUGAGCCACCACCACAGCAGCCUGCACCAGGACCAAACGGCAAGAAGCGAGAGGGCUCUGACAAUCUCCCCGAAUUCACUGUCCAGAUGGGCAACCUGAACUUUUAUCUCGGCAAGGUUCAGUACGACAACCUGAGCCUGUCCACCUUCCCACUAGAGGCUCAGAUUGGAGUUGGAGUUGGAGCCUCCAUAGUGGUCCUCAUUGUGCUCAUAAUUGUGCUUAUUUACAGGAGGAAGAGUAAGCAGGCUCUUAGGGACUAUAAGAAGGUCCAGAUCCAACUGGAGAACCUGGAGACCAGUGUGAGGGACCGCUGCAAGAAAGAGUUCACAGACUUGAUGACGGAGAUGAUGGAUAUGUCCAGUGACCUGGUCGGCUCAGGCAUCCCCUUCCUGGACUACCGUAUGUAUGCCGAGCGCAUUUUCUUCCCCGGCCACCGAGAGUCUCCUCUGAGACGAGACCUGGAUGUUCAGGAGUGUCGGCGGCAGACGGUGGAGCAGGGCCUGGUGCAGCUUUCCAACCUGCUCAACAGCAAGCUGUUCCUCACCAAGUUCAUCCAUACCCUGGAGAGCCAGCGGACCUUCUCCCCCAGAGACCGAGCCUACGUGGCUUCGCUGCUGACGGUGGCGCUUCAUGGCAAGCUGGAGUAUUUCACAGACAUCCUUAAGACACUUUUGAAUGAUCUGGUGGAGCAGUAUGUGGCCAAGAACCCCAAACUGAUGUUACGAAGAACAGAGACGGUGGUGGAGAAGCUGCUGACCAACUGGAUGUCUAUCUGCCUCUAUGCUUUCCUCAGGGACUCAGCGGGGGAGCCUCUGUACAUGCUGUUCAGGGCCAUAAAGCACCAGGUAGAUAAAGGACCGGUGGAUGCUGUUACUGGCAAAGCAAAGUACACCCUGAACGACAACCGCCUGCUGCGAGAGGACGUAGAGUACAAAACCCUGACACUGAAUGUGUUGGUGCAGGGUGGAGGGGUCAAUGAGACCCAGCCUGUGCCCUCCAAAGUACUGGACUGCGACACCAUUACCCAGGUGAAAGAGAAGCUACUGGAUCAGGUGUACAAAGGCACAUCCUUCUCACACCGGCCGCACGCCGAGUCGCUGGACUUGGAGUGGAGGUCGGGCGUUGCCGGUCAUCUCAUCCUGUCAGACGAGGACUUGACAUCUGUGGUUCAGGGUAGCUGGAAACGCCUUAACACGCUUCAGCAUUACAAGGUCCCAGAUGGCGCAACGGUGGCACUGGUCCCUCGUCAUACCAAACACAUUCACCAUGACAACCACGACUACAUAGCAGGAGAGAAGACGCCAAUGCUGGAGGAUGCAGAUGAAGGUGGAGUGAGGCUGUGGCAUCUGGUAAAAGCCAGUGAGGAGCCCGAGUUGCCCAAACACCGCAGAGGCAGCCUGAGGGAGAGAGAGAGGGCCAAGGCUAUCCCUGAGAUCUACCUGACCCGCCUGCUGUCCAUGAAGGGGACGCUACAGAAGUUUGUGGACGAUCUUUUCACGGUGAUCCUGAGCACGAGCCGUCCUGUCCCGCUCGCCGUCAAGUACUUCUUCGACCUGUUGGAUGAGCAGGCAGCACAACAUGGCAUCUCUGACUCAGAGACCAUCCAUAUUUGGAAGACCAACAGUCUCCCUCUGCGUUUCUGGAUCAAUAUUGUGAAGAAUCCCCAGUUUAUCUUCGACAUCCAGGCAUCUGACCACGUGGAUGCCGUGCUCUCUGUGAUCGCCCAGACCUUCAUGGACUCGUGCACGAUUGCAGAGCACAAGCUGGGCCGGGAUUCGCCCAUCAACAAGUUGCUGUAUGCCAGAGAUAUCCCCCGCUACAAACAGAUGGUGGAAAGGUACUAUGCUGACAUCAGGCAGACCAUCUCAGCCAGUGACCAGGAGAUGAACUCUGCUCUAGCUGAACUGUCCAGGAACUAUUCGGGAGAACUGAACUACCUGGUGGCUCUGCACGAGCUCUACAAGUACAUCAAUAAAUACUACGACCAGAUCAUCACGGCGCUGGAGGAGGACACCACAGCCCAGAAGAUGCAACUCGGCUAUAGACUGCAGCAGAUUGCUGCUGCUGUGGAGAAUAAAGUCACUGACUUAUGAUGGAGGCGAAAUGUGUCAGCUGUACUGCAGUAGCACCUGCCACUGUUACAGGAAACAGCUCGGGCACGCUGGCAGUUAACUUUAACGGACAGAGGGGAAGAUGGACUCUUGAGGAGGAUGUUUUUUGUUGUUUAAAUUAGAGCUCACAUCUCAGCAGCCUUUGUGUUUUGGUGACUGCUGACAGUGGUUGACAGUGCGGACACUGUGAGCUUCCUGUAGUGCAGGACAGUGAAAAGCUCAGUGGAUGCUUUUAAAAAAAAAAAAAAAAAAGGUCAGUCUGACCCGCUGUCGCUCUGCUCACUUCAUGAAAAAGAGAUGGUAGCAGUGUGUGUUUUAUCUCUACAGUAUAUGUGCUGGAGUCAAAAGGUAGCUGGUGGACAGCCGGGUCUGCAGACUGAAAGUAGGAAUCUUCCAUCACUGUGGAGUCCGUUUGAUGAAGCGGUACCUCUUAUGCCUUGUGUACUUUGCUGCUGUAUGGUUAUUUCUUGGUGUGUGUCUGGUGCUUUAUAUAUAGAUGUGUGAGUGUGCGUGCAUGUGGUUGUCCAUAUUCUCGUGGCUAUUAAACUGCAUCGUGUAUUGCCACGUUUUAUGUUUCUAGUACAAAGUGGUGAAGUAACUGGUUCUUAUAUUUUGGAUCUAAGAGUGAAGAGUAUUUUGAAAAGAGAGACCUGAAUUUUAAGGUUAUGUUUUUCACAUUUUAGAACUUGUAGUCACUGCUCAAAGCAACAUUUUAAAGUCGCUGCCACGCUCUACCUCAGCCUGCCGUCUUUCAUCAACUGCUCUUAUUUUCACUGGUAGAAGCUGCCUAAUUACUGCUUAGUUAACUUGGCCUGUUACACAUUUGUCUGUAUUGAUGUAAAUGUUGUGUGAUUUGUAAUACGAUUUUUUUAAGCAGAGCAGCAGCACAGCCGAGGUGCUGCAGAUUCACACUCAGUUGCUAACUAGUGUGACAAAUACUUUGCUGGAAGGUUAAAAAAAACAAUGACCCAAUUUUUUUUUUUUCCCCUUAGCAAUCCAACUAUACCGUACUGUAGGAACACAAGCUGAUAUAUGGUUAUCAGCCCCAGCAGCAAAAACACUCACGUAUACCUUUCAGGCAGGUCCAUCUACCAGUACUGCAGCACCGCACACACCCACUGGACUGCUGUAAACACAGACACACACUUGUUUGUUAAUUCUUUACCCAUGUGAGAGAUUGGAAGCAGAAAGUGGUUUUUUUGAAGGUACUUAAACCUCACAUUAAACCUCACCCCAUUUUUGUUUCUUGAUUUUAUUCAUAUUUGUGUGGAUGUGUCUCUAGUGUACAAGUCACUGGAAAGUCAAUAGGAAAGCGAAAAGUCCCUCUGUUUAAAAGACAAGCCUUCAAACUGUUAAAGUGCAGUGUCGUGUGAACCACAGUUUUUAUAGUUUUUAUAUUUUGUACAUUUUAACAUUCCUUUUUAGACCUUGGACAUUGUAUAGAUCACACUCCUGGUGUGUGCAGUUCUUUAACUGGACAGUGUUUCGUGUGUUCCACAUAGACCUUAUAAAAGAUGGAUGAUGGUAGACUGACAACCUGAGGCCUUGAGUUUGUCAUAAGGUUGUUGCCUCUUUGAAGCUGGAAGUGGCUGUUUGUGGAUUUAAAAAAAGGCUGGAUGCCUAGCUACUAGCUGGAAACACCUAACUGCUUGAUUAACAAAGCAAACUAAAAAAGAACUGAUACAAAGAAGGUUCAAACAUCAUUGCUGGCGUUGGAAACUGUAUUCUGUACUCAGCGAUACAUGACAACCAAAUAAUAGUUGAUGUUUUUUGAAAGGGAGUCUGUAGACAGGAUGGUUUGUAGCCAUAUCCUGUAUAUAAAAGAUGUUGUCACCUCUGGCUUUGUAAAGCUCAAGUUGAGCAUUUUUCUUUUCUUUUCUUUACUUUUCUUUUCUUUUCUUACCAAGGGGCUGGAUUUGAUUGGUGCACUUAGGAGCACUAUAUGCUCAUCGGCUAAUGAUUCAUGAACUUCAACUUUUUUUAUUCAAUUGGACCUGAAACGAGCCCACGGCAUCACCAGGAGAGUGUUUUCUCAGACUCUUAUACGACUGGAUGCGUUUUUGCACCCAGAGCAGUCAACUCCUGCUGGCCAUUAGAAAAAAUAUUGGUUUAAGAGACAUGUGCCAUUGGCUUCAUUUUGCAGCCCCAGUGGCUACGUCCAUCUUUUAUAUACAGUUUGCAUUUGUAUUGGCAUCAAUGGUUUGCACUUAAAGGCAGUCACCAUGGCCCAGUGACUGCAUCUAUCUUUCUAUGUAGAGUUUAUGGUCCUGCAGUUGUGUGUGGCAUUUGAUCAACGUGAUCAAACUACUCCAGGCUCAGUAGAUGUUGCUUGUAGCGUAGCCGGGCUGGGUAUGGUUGGACAUAUUUUUUGAUGCUGGUUUUUGUGUUGAACUCUCUUUCUCCUUUAAUAUUUACAGCAGCUCUUUAUGUGGGAAUUUGUUUAGUUUCAGGUGAUUGUAGGAUUGGAAAUCAAUGGGGAAACAGAUUUUGACACAACUAUAGAAACGAUAUAACAGUUUGAGUAGUCUACAUGCGUAUUUUAUAAAGUGCACUUGAUUUUUGUUUUCUCAAAUCUGAUGUUGUUUAAUGUUUUAAUACACAAAGUACUACAAGUUGUAAAUUAGAGUAUCUACUACUGAAGUAUGCUAGUACCCAGUCCCAAAAAAAGGUGACAGUAGAAAAGACUUUUUCUACCCACCCUCCACUCAAAUGAAGAUUUAUCAGUUUGAGCCCGAAGUGUGUAAUUACCAGGGUCAGUGUGUCAGAAUGUGGGCCAUUUGUUACAACACUACAUAACACAGGUAAUAAUGACUUUUACAAACACAUGGAGUCUGUUCAUCUUGAGCUGAGAGCUCAGUGAUGAACAAAGAACCAUUGGGGGGAAUCCAGGCUGUAUAAAUUUGGCAAUGUAGAGCAGGCUCUGCAAGGAGCAGGUUUAGGAUGUUUCUUAUUUUGUGUGUUAAUAUCUUUGUACAUACUGAUUAAAGAUGCAGCUGUAGUGAUUUAACCUGUUUAAUAAGAGAAGGUGAACAUUCUCACAAAUGAAAUAAAGUAUUCUGAAAGCUG